AUGGCUGAUGUUAUUGAAGACCUAGAACUGAUAGUGACUCGUGCUAUCAACUAUCUGACUCGAAUACUCUAUGACCUGUGCCGUCGACUGAAUGAAAAUUCUCACAGACCAUUGAAUCGCAGGACACUUGUGAGAUGGUUAGCAGCUUUUAUGCCAACUCCAAAAGGAUCAAGGCUCAGAUUGCAGACUGAUCUGGCUGUUACUGGGCCGCCAGCACUGGACAGGUGGGCUAGCUGUGGGAGUCUGGCCUCUGCUUUCUCAUCUGUCAGCAUCAGCCAAAUGGUGGAAGAGGACUUGGGCGGUAACAUUGUGAGAUACAGGCGAGGUUGUUUAGAUGAAGACAUAGGUGAAGAUGCUUUUGAAGACACUGCCUCUUUGGCUCACUCCAAGUUUCAAGACUUUGUGGCCCUAACUUCAACACCAAAAGGAAAGCUGCUGGAAAUGGAAGAGGAGUUGGCGGCACUUCGUAAACAAAUUGCAAUGCUUGUUAUGGCGCAGGAGUCAUCUUCAUUCAUCAAAACUGUGACAGUUGCAGAUAGGGAGCAGCAACCAAGAGACACAACUCAUGCUGCAGAUAUGCCACUUCCGGUGUCCCCUGUGCCGGCUUCACUAGACGACUCUGGCUGUGAAAGUGAAGUUGUCUCUAGGAAACCUGACUUGCCUUGCAUAUCCGAACAUGUCUCAGAGUCUCCAUUUAUUGCUCCUGCACCACCACCACCACCUCCACCUGUGCUGUUCAGGCAGUCAUCGUUUGAUAGCUUAUCAUUAAGCAGAAAAAGGAAACAUCAUAGACCUUUACAACCCCUUGAGGAAAAUAAGGACACAGAGUCUCUGUG